CGCCUCACCUGGCACGUAGAUCUCGCCGCGCUCCUCAUCUGGCAGCUCGCUCCAGUUCCUCUUGCACGUGGAGACGCACGGCUUCUUCACCAGGAACGCGCGGGGCAUUUUCGAACGCUCCUGGCCUGGCGCGGUCCGUUUCCGCAACUAGAACCGGGUCGUCCCACCUUUCCCGGGCCGGCUCGGAGGCGCAGGAAGCGGACAGUUGAGGGGAGGAAUCGUCGAGGCGCCCCCACGUUCCGAGGGAAGACAGUGCUGGGACGGCGCGCGCCGGUUCCAACUUCGCGGAGUGUCGCGGUCCCCUCGGUAGCAGAGCCCUUGCAGCCAAGUGCACUGGGCCACGGGGAAACGGCAGGACCCUGCGUGCCUGACCAUGGGGCCCCUGAGCCGGGAAGCCUGGGCCCAGCGUCUCGGGGCCUUCCGGGCCAGCCCGUCAGCCUUCAUGGCAGGUGCCGAUGGGGAGGAUUUGGGUCGCGACCUGCUGAGUGACCUGAGGAGCGAGAAGCUGAGCGAGCAGACCAAGGUUUCCUUGCUGGCCCUGAGCUUGGAGUAUCCAGCCCAACUGUGGCCCGACGUCCCUGCUGCCGAGGCGGCUGCCACCUCCUUGUUGGACAUCCUGGUCCUCCUACCCCCACGGCCCUCAGCUCUCCGUCGGCCCCUGCUGCUGGCAGCCACCACAGUCCUGGCCUCAGGAGGUGUGCUAGGCCCCACCUCGGGAGCUUCUUGCCGACUCCUGCCCCUACUCCUUGGCUUGGCCACAGGUCGUGAUGUGGGGCGAGGCUUUGGUCCCAUCUCAGAACAGCGCCCCCUGCAGGCCACCGCGUGUGAGUGCCUACGAGAGCUGGAGAGCUGCAAGCCUGGGUUGCUAGGGGGCUUCCUGGGGCUGCUGCGAAGUCAGCUGGGGCAGGAGGGCCCCAUCCAGCCACUUAGCCUGCUGUUGGCACUUGCUCUGCGUAACACCCUGGUGGUACAGUCCAGAUCUGGGGCUGGCCUGCAGGGCCUGCUUAUGGCGGGGGUUUCCUCCACUGGGGGUGGUACCUGGGACUGGACACUAGUUAAAGAGGGCCAUGCUCACCUUCAGCCCCAGGCACCCUGCUGGCCAGCAACAGAGGAGGGAGCAUGUGGCCUUGCAAUGCUAGAGCCCAGCCCUGAGGAGGUCCGGGAGCUGAGGGCUUCUGUGGCCCAGCUUCUGGAUACCUCCUACCUGCUCACCCCUGUGGCCCAGGCCCAGCUUCUGUGGCUGCUGGGUUGGGCCCUCCGGGGUCUGCGGGGACAGCCACCAGCACUCUUCAAGCCACAGUUGGUACGGCUGUUGGGCACAGCCCAGCUGACACUGCUGCACGCAGUUCUUGCUCUCAAGGCAGCCUUUGGAGAGGCACUGUUCACCUCCCAGGAUGAGGCGCUGCUGCUCCGCCGGCUCACCUUGGCUGCCCAACACCCAGCUCUGCCACUGCCCACCCACCUCUUUUAUCUGCACUGCCUCCUGAGCUUCCCUGAGAAUUGGCCUCUCGGCCCUGAAGGUGAGGAGGCUGCCCCAUUGCUGCUGGUGCCCCAGUUAUGCCGUGGUCUCAUGCCCAGUCUCCUGCAUGACCCAAUGGUCCUCCUGUCCCGCCUGCAUUUGCUGUGCCUGCUUUGUGCUGAAGAUGAGGAAGAGGAGAAAGGCCCCUUUCAGAACCUACAGUGGUACCUGGAGGAGCUGCUGGAUGGCUUGCGGCAGAGGGCAGCCCUGGAUGGUGGCCCACGGGCAUUGGCCACUCUCUGCUUCCAGGCCUCAUACUUGGUUGCCAGCUGCCUGGCUAGGCAACCUAUGGUGCUGACACCCUUGAUCCAGGGACUGGCCCAAUUGUACCAAGCUCGUCCUGUGCUGGCUCCCCACUUUGUGGACUUCUUGGAUAGGGUGGGCCCUGAGCUAGAGGAGCCCCUCAGGAUGGUACUACGGCAGGAGGUGGUGUCCCGGCCAGGAAGGGAUGAAGCUCUUCGCUGGCACCUGCAAAUGCUGGCAAAAGUAGCAGAGGGGGAUGCCCAGAGUGCCACCCUUAGCUUUCUGCAGGCUGCAGCUGCCCACUGUGCCAACUGGGGUCUACAGGAGGCCCUGCUGAAGGUCUGCCGGGCCCUGCUGCGUGAGGGUGGGGGGGCUGGCCUGGCCGACUUGCUGCAGGCACUGGCCAGGCAGCUAGAGGACCCUGAUGGGCGUGACCAUGCCCGCCUCUACUACAUCCUCCUUGCCCAUCUGGCAGGGCCCAAGUUGGGGGUGGCCCUGGGCCCCUCACUUGCCGCACCAGCACUAGCCUCUUCAUUAAUGGCUGAGAACCAGGGCUUUGCAGCAGGGCUGAUAGUGCAGGAGGCCUUGGCCCCCAUUCAGCUGAGUGUGGGGCCCCAGAGAGCCUCAGGCCCUCUUCCGGUGCUGCAGCUCCAGGUGGAAGCCCGGGAGCCCGUCUACUCCCUGGAGUUGCGCUUCCUCGUGGAAGGACAGCUCUAUGCACCCUUGGAGCCUGUCCACGUGCCCUGCCUGUGUCCUGGCCGCCCUGCCCACCCUCUGUUCUUGCCCCUGCGGCCCCGACAGCCCGCCCCAGCACGGCUGGAAGUUCAGGCCCUUUACACCACACCCACUGGCCUCACGUGCCACGCCCACCUGCCACCUCUGCCUGUGAACUUUGCAGACCUCUUUUUGCCUUUUCCUCAGCCCCCUGAGGGGGCCCAGCCAGGCUUCUUUGAGGGACUCUGGGACUCCUGCCUGCCAAAGGGUGCUGAGAGUCGAGUGUGGUGCCCACUAGGCCCACAGGGUCUGGAAACCUUGGUGUCCCGCCACCUGGAACCCUUUGUAGUGGUGGCCCGGCCCCCUACCAGCUACCACAUAGCCAUUCGCCUGCCCCCAAACUCCAUGCUGCUGCUGCGACUGGAGGCCCCUCAGGUGGACGGAGUGCCUGUGGCCCUGCGGACUGAUGACUGGGAGGUGCUGCCUCUGGUUGGGGACUAUCUCCGUGGGCUUGCAGUCACUGAGUGACUCCUGGGAGACAGAUGGAGUGCAAGUUGCCUAAGAGGGGCUUUUAAAGGCUAGGACACGCUCCUGGAGUGCCUUUUCCAUAAAACUUACUUUCACCAACGA